AUGCCUUUGAAGAACAUGGGCUAUUACUUCAUGACAUAUCCGCUAACGGAACGUACACUUGACUGUGACUCGAACAUGUCUACGGACACGACGUUUCUAUGCUCUAUUUGCAAGCAGGUAGUUCAGCCAACAUCGAGCCACUCCACCUCCAGUCCUUGGAUCACGCCACCAGACCAAACUCUCGACGCCUUUCGAAAGGCAGUAUUACGAGACUGCUUCAUCUGCUCAAAAUUAUGGAACUUAAAGAGAGAAUACGAAGAUCUUUUCUCGUUCGACAAGAUUGACGAAAGCACUGGCUCCACAGGAACUCUUGACUUAGCUUAUUCCUGGUUUUCGGAGUGUUUCCAUGGCCAUGAUCAAUGCAAGCGGCUGCCUACUUCGGCUGCCAACUGGCUGCCAACUCGCCUGGUCGACAUAGGUUCCAGGGGGGAGACAACCUGGAGACUUGUUGUAACGUCAGAGAAUUCAAAACUCAAGCGCUAUCAACCGCGGCCUCAGUAUAUGGCCUUGAGUUACCGGUGGGGUACCGAACCUCAAAAGUUGGUUUUGUCAUCACACAACCUGGAUUUACUGGGUCGUGGAAGUCCCAUUGUGCAACUACCGCAAACAUUCCAGGACUUGGUUGUAGUUGCACAUCAUCUUGGCAUCCGAAAUGACGAUGAGACCAAAGUUGAAGGCCUCAUGCCAUUCGAUGCUUUGGAUCUUUGGAUUGAUAUCGUCGCUACUUACUCCAAGUGCGAAUUCAGCGUCAAAGAGGACAAGCUUUACGCCCUAGGGGGCAUUGCCAAGCUGUUCCAGGAAGUUACAGGUGACACCUAUCUUGCUGGCUUGUGGCGCUCACGUCUUCUACAUCAGCUAGAUUGGUAUACAUUGAUGCCACAGCCGAGGAUCAUGAGCAAACACAGAGCUCCAUCUUGGUCAUGGAUAUCUGUUGAUGGGCCAGUACAGCCAACACACCCUGCUCACGGAUAUCACUUUCUAGCAGAGGUAAUGGACGCAAGUGUGACAACGACAAGUGCGGGAAACGACUUGGUCAAUGUAAUCGGUGGUAGCAUAACACUGCGAGCGAAGGUGUAUGAUGCAACUUAUGAGCGAGAAUACCCACUUACAAACGAUGGGCUCAUCCAUUUCGGCUCUAAAGACAAGGCCUUGCCUCCAUUUACGACAUGGCCUUACCUUGAUGCAGUUGAGGACAAUCUAAACAAGAGCGGUCACACAUCACUACUGCCCUUAAGAAAUCAGGAAGUCAAUUGGGAGGAUCUUGAAAGGGACCAGUCUGGUGAUACAAAUGACGUUACUUGUCUCAUCCUGGAGAAAGUUGGCGCGUCCAAAACCACCUAUCGUAAGAUCGGAUGGAUGUACCUUUGGGGAGGAAGAUCUCAUGGUAAAGAAAACCAAGAUGUCAUAGACGCUAUUCUUAAAGCCCAUCAGAGUGAUCGAGGAUGGGCACAGAUCAUUUUGGUUUGA